CUGUUUUUUUAUUUUGCUCAAAUUUGAACCAACGAAGCGACCAACCAACCAACCAGCGAGGGAAAAGCCCAAGGCAUUGCUGCCACAACAUGUGGUCUACCUUUAUGGUGACCGAUGAGGAGGGCCGCACAGUGGGUCCGGCGGCGUCAGGAGGAGCGAUGAUUGCACCGGGAGGAGCACCCCAGGGGCCCGCUGCUCUAACCGGCAUGAUGACUGGACGCAGUACGUUCGGCGGGAACAAGCGCCGCAGGACAACAUCAACAGGACACGCCAUGAGUGAAGCCCAGGAGGGGAAGAUCAAGUUGGCUUUCUUCGUGGCCAUUGUAGGCGUUGUGCUGACUGUCCUUGGGGUGGGGACAGAGUUCUGGGUGGAGCUGUCACCGUCAAAGAGUUUCUAUAACAACCAGACAUGUCUGACAGCUCACUAUGGCCUGUGGAAGGGCUGCACAAAGUCUUUGUGGGUGUCCGAAAUCGACCCAAAUAGAGAGAGCUGCGGACCUGCUGAACUACCCGGAGCAUCUAACUGCACCUACUUCAAGUUCUUCACCACGGGGGAAAAUGCUGUGCUGUUUCAAAAGACAACAAGGAAAAAUCUGAACGUAGCGGCAGCCAUGUUGGUCCUGUUCAGCCUGUUCCUGAUGGUGAUGGGGGCCAUAUGCAUCACCAUGGCUCUCAGUAAAGAAAUCAUUUUCUUCCUCAAACCAGCGUCUGUCUGCUUUAUUAUGUCAGGUGUCCUGGUGCUUCUCUCUCUGAUUGUUUUCCACCAGUCUGUCCUUGCCUUCCUGGCCAGCGACCACACUGUCCCGCUGCAGCACAACCUCUCCUGGUCAGUGUCGUGUGUCGGCUGUGCCGGGGCCGUGCUAAUCGUGGGUGGGAUCCUCUUCCUGCUUCUGGCGCUGCCCUACAGCCCCUGGCAGAGGUGUCUCCCUCAGAAGAACAGCAGCAGCUAGUGGCCUGGAGGUGGUGUUG